CAGUUUUUAGCCAGUAAGUUAUUUAUCACGGGACAAAUUCAUCACCAAUCAUGGAUCAUCCACGAGGGAACCUUCUUCAUUCAACAUUGUUCUACCAUUGCUGUUGACAUUCAUGGAAUGCUUUGUUCUCAGAGCUGUAGUUCUGUAAUUGGACAUGCCGGAUGAUUUCAACAAAAACAGGGAGAACUCUCUGUUGGGAGAAGGGACCGUUGUGCAUUAUACACUUGUCGAAUUUUAUACGUGCCGCAUGCCUUCUGGAGCUCCCAAGAACUGCUCAAAGACCUAUAAGGUCCCCCGUCGUCCCUUCGAGGCCGCUCGUCUCGACCAGGAGUUGAAGCUUGUCGGAGAAUACGGUCUCCGCAACAAGCGUGAGAUCUGGCGCAUCGGUUACACUUUGUCCAACAUUCGUCGUGCUGCUCGUGAGCUGUUGACUUUGGAGGACAAGGACCCCCGUCGUCUCUUCGAGGGUAACGCCUUGAUUCGUCGUUUGGUCCGCAUUGGUGUAUUGGACGAGGACAAGAUGAAGUUGGAUUACGUCUUGGCCUUGAAGAUUGAGGACUUCUUGGAGCGUCGCCUCCAGACCCAGGUCUUCAAGCUCGGUCUUGCCAAGUCCAUCCACCACGCCCGUGUCUUGAUCCGUCAGCGCCACAUCCGCGUCGGCAAGCAGGUCGUCGAUAUCCCCUCCUUCGUCGUCCGUCUUGACUCUCAGAAGCACAUCGACUUCUCUUUGACCUCUCCCUAUGGUGGUGGACGUGCUGGCCGUGUCAAGAGAAAGCGUGCUGCUGCUGCCGCCAACAAGGGUGAAGAUGCUGAGGAGGAUGAGGAGUAAAUAUAAUUCUCUUGAUCAUUUUCAUAAAGCUGCUCACUUUCCCAUAAAUAAGCAAAAUAAUGUUUCGAUG